CAUAGCAGAGUGAGUAUGAAAGGACACGCCGUGCAAUGCAGACAGAGACUGCAGACAUGCAGCAGCACAGAGCGGCAUAUAUGUUUAAAGAGGCUGCAGCAAAGAGGGCUAUAGAUGAGGUGUGUUAAGAAUGACAUCUUUGGAAACCUGAUAUUAGGGAUUACUCAAACAUGUGACUGCACAACAACUCCAAGUGACUCUGAGGUCAAGUUUGCCGACCCUCAACAUGGUCUCUCUGUGGAAUAUUUAUUUUCUCUUGCCUCUCUCUUUGCCUCACUCGCUUCGUGCCAUAGCGUUAACUGGAGAAAAUGUGAAAGAAACACAACAGCCAGACAGUGACAAGGCAGGGCAGUUUCUGAAACAGCUCUCGAGUAGACCUCAUGUACCCGGUUUAGCACCAAGUGACCCCAUGAUUGCAUCCGAGGAUGAUGACUUCCUGGGUUCCCCUUUAAGUUGGUCCUUAUCAUCAUCUGAGGACACAGACAGACAAGGUGUGAUUGGUGAAUACGGCGAUUUACUGGAGAGCGCUGAGACAUCUCUUUUAUUUCCUAAUGAGAAGGGACCCAUACCCAGACCCACAAAGGGUGCUACAGUAGAUACUGCCUCCACAGAGAGAAUGCAAACAAUGAAGUCCUCAUCAGCAAGUGUACCACCCAAGCUUACCCAUGAACAAACAUUAAAGAAUCAGCCAGCUGAGACCAACACCGCAUCAGUUUUGUAUCCUAGAGAGUCUGAAGAGAAUCAGCCAACAUUCCCAGGUUUUCAAAAUCAGAUGACUGAUACUCACUUACCCUUUCUUCUCCCUGGCUCACUCCCAUCACGCACAUCAGACCAGAACUCAACUUCAUCACUGCCCACUGGACCGGGGCCAGACACUCUUGGAUGGACCACAGGCAUUUCUGUUACCACAAAGGGAAACAGAGAUGGAUUCAUUGAUAUUACAGAUCUUAUUUUACAGAGAGAAACUGCCAGCAUGGAGGCAAAAGAAGAUGACUCCAAGAAUGAUUCAAAAGCCAGAAGCCCAAGCCGGCUAGAUGGUAACAUGGACACAAUUGCCACAACCUGCAAAACACCAAAUCAUUCCUGGACACCUACCUACCCAGAGGAUUUUACUCACAACAAGCCUCUGCACCCCUUUCUGGCUCUCACCCCUUCGUUUUUGGUCCCUUUGUAUUCAGACUGGAACUCUGCCCUGGCUACGUGGGGAUUUGCAUGGGAAGCACAUAUCUAUGGCCUGGGCUCUGUCUUCACUAUAUUUGGCCUAAUCUCUGUAGUCUGCCUGUUAGGGCUGCCCCUGAGGUGUCCCCCAGGAAGCCCCUACUUCACAAUGCUGCACUUGUUCAUUUUGGCAUUUGCAGGGAUCCAAGCUUUCUGUUUGCUUUACGAUGCUUACAGUUACCAAGAUCGCCUUUCCCCUGUCGUCUCUCUGCUGCUCUCCGAACUGCCAUUGCCAUGUUUGAUCUCAGCAUUUUCCCUGGCCUUCCUCCUUCUUUCCUUUCGUUCAUGCAAGCAUCUUUCACUUUCACCUGUUAUUUCUGCCUCCUUCUCAGCCUUGCCAAAGCCUUGCUUGUUGCUAUGUUUGGCCCUGUUACAUUUUAUUAUCUCUUUGGGAUGUUUUGGGAUUUUUCAGCUCUUUCACAGCCUCCCGACUGUCAUCCUGCUCUUUCCUCAGGGUGUGUUCGUAUGUCUCACCACCUUUCUCUCAUGCUCAUACCUCUUCUUCUACUGCUUGACACAAGUCAACAGUAGAAACAUUUACAGGUUAAAUGACAAUGGAGAGAGUGGAGGAUCUCCUGAGGUGAUGCGACCUGCAAUUUGCCCCUUUGCUAGUGUGAAGGACUGGGGUAGGGCAGCAGGAGCUGGAGUAGGAACUUCUUUGUGUUUGUUAGGGUGUGGAGGUCUUCAGCUUUAUGGGAUCCUGCAUGCCCUUGGUUUGGGUGGGGUUGAUGGCCAUGGAUUUCAGCCUUGGCCAUGGUGGGGCUACCAAGUAGGCUGCAGACUCUGUGAGAUUGGGGUCUGCCUAGGUUUGUCUGUCAUUGGCACACAUCCUCUAUUCUGUAGCAACUCUAACAAGACCAUAGCACAUCCUAGACCAGGAUCUUGGUCCCGUCUAUCCGGCGGCUCUCCUUCACGAAUGCUCACCAUAACCUCUCAGGAUGGUGCAAAUUCCCCCGUCCUUUCCCAGGGUAAGCAAGAAAAGCUGGUGGCCUGUGAUGUUGUAGCCAAGGAGCAGUCAGAGGUUCUUCCUCUUUACUCAAUUGUGGAGUCUCCUGGAAAUAUACCAGACUGUGAUCACAAACCCAGCCAAAGCAAAACUGUACUACCUCUCCCCACGCCCCCAAACCCACCGCAUAAACCUACAGCCUCACCUGAGGCUCGCCUGUCAUCACUGGAUCAUUUAGGCCUCGAGACUGACUCAACUGUGGAUCUGCGGCCUCCAUCUCCCAUAGACUUGUCGCGCAGCAUCGACCAAGCUCUGUUCAGCGAAUCCCUAUUUUCUCAUAGUAUCUUUGGUUUCCCAAGACUCAUACCUGCUUCCUCAAGCCUUUCCUUGAGCUCCCCAAGCCAAGGUACAUCAAAGCAAGGGCCCAGUUCUGUGGGAAAUACUCUUUACCGAACUUCUUCUUGUGGAGAUGUAGAUCAAGAGAACACCUUGUCCAACUCCAGGUAUUCCCAACCUCAAGGCUGUAUGACAGCUCGUAGAAAUCAACCAUUAUCACCAGACCAAUGUGAUUGGAAAGGGAGUGUUACUGGUUCAACCCAGGGCCUUUGCAGCCAUUCCAAAGAAACAGGAAAGCUGCGAUCACAUUCAUGGGCCAACAGAGGGCAAAAUUUUACUCAGAGCAGCCUCCCACGUGCAAUCCCCCACCUGCCAUACCACAGACGUUACCGAACCCUGAGCUUAGCUUCCCAGGACAGUCGGGGGUCUGGCCGAUUGGCAGGAACUAAACACCUGAGUGAAAGCAAACAGCUGGAAUGGGAUAUGGCUGUACAAGCAGAGUUUGUGAGUGUGUGCAAACAAAUUGAUGCACUGAGUGUUUGCAGUGACACCAUUGAAUUGUAGAAAGCUAAAAAACAAAAUAAAACUGGGUGUAACUGGAAUACAAAUUAUGUAAAUUUAAGUCUAUUUAGGUUAAAUGGGGGAAUUAAACCAUAGUCUAUAUGUCAAAAACGUUAUAUAGACCUAAAAUAUGAGCCAAUAUCUUUUUGUAAAUACUGUACUGUUGAUAUUGUAUAUUCAAACAAAAAAAAACGUUUAUAAGACUGUCUUCGUUAUGCUGUUUUCAGCAACCUAUUUCUUUCUUGCAGUAUUGCUUUAUUUGAGCAACAUUAUAAUUUUAGAAUGUGUCCACUGAAAUUAUAUGUAAAAUCAAACAUUUCUUAAAAAAAAAAAAAAAGGUAAUAUUUGUGGCAAAGAAGUUAGCCAAAACGGGAGUUAAAUUUUUUUUUUGCUUUAUUUUGUUUUAGUGAAAAUCCAGGAUUGUGUCGAGGAAAUCUAGCAGCCAUAGGACAAGCAAAAGUCACAAAAGUUAAAGUUUGCGUUGCUGAUACGUUCUAUGGUUUGUGAGACAUACUUGAAAGGGCUUAACUUUCUCCGCUUCCCUUUCCUGAUAGUGUGCUAAAAGAAUUACUGUCUAAAUAUAUAAACCAUUUGAGGUUUCUUUGAAUUUUGAGUGUAAAAGCAUUCAUAGGGACAAGCUGGUGUUUUUCGUUUGUUUGUUUCCUUGAGUUGUUUCUGGGUGUUUUCUUUUAACAGUGGAAUAUCUUUGAAGAAUGAAAACAACAUCAUUACAUUGCAUGAAUUUAAAGUGGUAGCAAAACAGUUUUUAAAUAAUAACAAACUGUUGUUUGAAAAAUUAUCUUUAUUCAAAUACAUAUACAUCCACUAUAUGACACAAGUUACAUUAAAUGAAAGUUUGAUUCCUAGGUUGACCAAAAAAAAGAUGUUAUUUAUGGCAUUAUUUAUAAUUAAGAUGUGUCAACUAGUAAGAAGUUUAAUUAACUGGUGACAAAUUGUUGGCAAAAUUGAAAAUUAAUUGUUGAUUUUUUUAAAAACUGAGUGAUACAUGUAAUACGUGUCAAACCAAAUAUACUGAGUACCUCACAGAAAAAAGGAAAAAUUAAAUUAAUUUAAAAGUGAUAUUUGUAAAGAUCAUUAGAAAUAAAUAAAUCAAAAGUGGAAUAUUGGUUUUGUUCUACUGCAACACUAGAGAAUCCAUUACUGUAUCUACCUUUUUUUGCUUUAUUAUUAUUUUUUUUAAUACUGAGCCUGGGAAAUAAAGGCAAAUAACCAACCAUUCUAUAUGCUGCUGUGUUAUUAAUGAUAACCUUUUGCAAAAUAGCAUUUUUGGAGAAUACAGCAUGUACUAUAAAGCUAAGUGGAGCUUUGGUUGCAUAGUGACAAUAAAAAUGAGAAUGAUGAA